AGUGUUUUGUGUAGAAAAGGAAGAAGAAGAAACUUGUUUUGAUGUUGAUAUUUAUAUUUUAAAGCAUUUUUGUGAUUCUUGCCGAAGCAUUUAAUGGAAUAAGCAGCGACACAAUGAUUUGCCGCCUGUGCCUGAACAGCGCCAACGACACCAUACAGAUAUUUGAGGGCGUUGGCUUGUCCCUAAACGUUGCCACGGUGCUAGCCAAAUAUUUUUGGUUCCAGCCAAAAAACGAUGAUCCCAUCUCAACGGCUGUCUGUGUGGACUGCUGGACACGCGUCAAUGAUUUUAACGAGUUCUACUGCAGCGUGGAGAAGGCGCAUCGCCUCCUCACCGAAAGGUUCUCGCUAAAGAGCGGCGAACAGGAGAAGACCAAACAAAUUGCUUCUGCGCAAAAGGCCGAACCCAUUGAAGAUGUGAAAGAACUCAUAGAUGCCAGCGAUGAGGAUGAAUUUGAUGACGCUGUCUUCGAUCAAGGGCACGAAGAUGAAACUGUUGAUGCUCUAUACGAAAAUGACAGCGAAAGUGAAGCAUCAUUUAGCAACGAGCAGUUUCUCAACGAUGUGGUGGCUCAGCAAGAUGCUGAGCAACUCAACGAACCAACAGAGGAAGAGCAGGAGGAAGUGGUGGUAGUAAAGCAAGAGGUGGACCCAGUUGUGACCCCAGAGCGUCGAGAGACGCGUGCCACACGCGCCAAAAGCAAAGCAGCAAGUCAAUUGCCGGAGGAGACUCCAGCAGAGAAACCACUGCCCGUUAAGCGCAGGGGCAGAGCAAAGACUGAAAAGGUCGAGGUCAGUAGUGUUGAAGAGGAUUCUGGUAGCAAAGGUAGCAAACGUUAUGUGGAUUAUAAGAAAUCGAUGGUGGAGAUCGAUGAGAAGAUAGCGCAGCACAUGCGACUCACCUGCAGCAUUUGCCACGAGGGCCAGACGACGUUUCUGCUGCUGUGCAAGCACAUGCAGCAAGUACAUCAUCGCAAGGGCUAUGCGGUCUGUUGCAACAAGAAGUUCUACAAGCGCUCCUUUCUCACCGAUCACAUUGAUCGUCAUUCCAAUCCCGAGAAAUUCAAAUGCAAUCUCUGUGGUCGCACGUUUGCGGAUAAACAGUGUCUGCGCAACCAUGAGCUGCUCAAGCAUCAGCCCGAGGAGGAGAAGACAUUCAUUUGCGAGCACUGUCCCAAGCGCUACACGAAACAGUAUUUGUUGGAUCAGCAUCGCAUCAUACACAAGGAGCGCACAGUGCCCUGUGAUCUCUGCGACAGGCGCUUUCCCAAUUUCUCCAUGCUGUGCACGCAUGUGAAAAUGGUCCACGGCAACUAUGGCACCAUGUGCGACAUCUGCGCCCAGGUGAUACGUGGCCAGGCGGCCUUCCAGCGCCAUCAACUUGAGCAUGCGGGCAUCACAGAGCCCAAAGUGCAGUGCGAUAUUUGCGGCUCGUGGCACAAGAACAAGUACAGCCUGAAGAAGCAUGUGAGCCGACACAAUGGCAACUCCGUGGAGAGCACCUGCAACAUCUGUGGCAAAGUAUCGCCCAAUCGCAGCGCGAUGCUGAGUCACAUGCGUUAUGUGCACACCGCCGAUCGUGUGCAUGGCUGCAGUGUGUGCAACAAGAAGUUCAAGAAGGCCAUCAACCUGAAGGAGCACAUGGCCACGCAUACGGGCGAGGUGCUGUACAAGUGUCCGCAUUGCCCGAAGACCUUCAAUUCGAAUGCCAAUCAGCAUUCGCAUCGCAAAAAGUGCCAUCCCAAGGAGUUUGAGGAGGCGCGUCGAGCGCGUUUGCAGAAUCGCAUGGAACCGAGCAACGUAACAGGCGAUGGUAAAUCAAAUAAGUCCAGCAUGAUUACGGUUACUACCGCUGGUGCGACGGAGGGGGAAAUGGAGACGCACAACAUACUGGUAACGACGGCCGAGCAAAGCGACGGCGAUGGUGAUGACGAUGAUGUGGAAUUUAAGGGCGAGGACAUUGAGUUUAUGCUAACGCUGAGUCCACAACCAGUGGAAUGAGACAAUCGAUAAUGCUGUUUUAUGUGUGUUU